CUUCGACUGAAACAGCAGCAUCUUCUAAGCCCUGGGGGCUUCCCCGGGCCCCAGCCCCGGCCUAGAACCCGCCCGCCGCCUGCCACGCUGCCACUGCCGCUUCCUCUAUAAAGGGACCCAGGCGUCCCGGCCAAGGGGCCCCGCACAGCAGGUUCUCCCCAUGACACCACCUGGACGUCUCUACCUCCUGAGGGUGUGCAGCACCCCCCUACUCCUCCUCCUUCUGGGACUGCUGCUGGCCCUGCCGCGCGAGGCCCAGGGGCUCUCUGGUGUUGGCCUCCCACCCUCAACUGCACAGCCUGCCCAUCAGCACCCCCCGAAUCACUUCACCCGAGGCACCUUCAAACCUGCCGCUCACCUUGUUGGAGACCCCAGCACCCAGGACUCACUGCGCUGGAGAGCAAACACGGAUCGUGCCUUCCUCCGCCACGGCUUCUCUCUGAGCAACAAUUCCCUCCUGGUCCCCACCAGUGGCCUCUACUUUGUCUACUCCCAGGUGGUCUUCUCCGGGGAAGGCUGCUUCCCCAAGGCCACCCCCACCCCUCUCUACCUGGCCCACGAGGUCCAUCUCUUCUCCUCCCAGUACCCAUUCCACGUGCCUCUCCUCAGCGCUCAGAAGUCCGUGUGCCCAGGGCCACAGGGACCUUGGGUGCGCUCAGUGUACCAGGGGGCUGUGUUCCUGCUCACUCGGGGAGACCAGCUAUCCACUCACACAGAUGGCAUCUCCCACCUGCUCCUCAGCCCCAGUAGUGUCUUCUUCGGAGCCUUUGCUCUAUAGAAAAAUCCAGAAAGAAAAAAUUUGGUUUCAAGGCCUUCUCCCCAUUUU